AUGGGUGUGGCCCGAGCUUCCGCCGCGGUCGGAGUCGUAGGCGGGAAGAUCUACGUGUUUGGAGGCUGCCGGGACCGAGGUUGCUCCAAGUGGGCAGAGGUGUUCGACCCGAAGACCCAAACUUGGGAUUCUUUGCCGCCACCGCCAGAAUGUAUACGGGACACUGUGUAUAUACACGACAGUGUGGUGGUGAAGGAGGAAAAGGUGUACGCAGUGGAUGGAAUAGAUACAACCUUUUACUACUCGCCAAGGGAAGAUAAAUGGGGAAGAGGGAGUACUAUUCCGCGGAAGGGAAACAAAAGGGAUUGGUGUGUCAUUGAUAAAGUGGUCUACGCUUGUGAUGAGCACGGGGUUUUGAGUUGGUGUGAGGCAGACCAGUUGGAGGGUGAACCAGAGGGGAUGUAUUGGAGGGAGGUGAAGGGUUUAGAAUCUCUCAAGGAGAGUCUCUCUAGCUCCAGACUGGUCCACUUUGAUAGCAAGUUUCAGCCUCUAUGGGAGGCGCAAAAGAUCAGGCAUGGUUUACAGGCAAAGCUCGUAGAUUUGCUUCCGGGGGCCAGGCUCAGCAUCUGUGGUGGCAACAUUGUGGUCUUCUGGGACAAGGGGGAUCAUGACCCUGAUGAUAUUUGGUGUGCAGACCUUGAGAUUUGCUGUACAGAGAUCUCAUUGCAGAGACGAGGAGGCGAGAUUAUGGGCAAUGUCGAGUGGUCUAGCCCUGUCAUGACCGUUAAUCCUUUCUCCGAACGCUACAAGGUUCUGUAUUCUGCUUCUGUCACUCUCUGA